UUCAAGAACCAACAAAAACCACCCAAAAACGCAGAAACAAUUUCCAACAAUCAAGAAGAAAUCUCUCUCCAGGAAUCUAGAAAGGCACCCUUUCAUAAUCUGAUCAAGACCCAGAAAAUUUUCACAAUCAAUCGAAGAAAAUCAGCUCAAAACUCAAUCAGCUCAAAACUCAUGGAUUCAACGCCUCCAUAUCACCACAGCCGAUCCGAGCCCAAGUCCAGGACCAAAUCGGCCUCACGCUUGUCCCAAACCGAAGAGCUUCCCUACCUCUCAAUCGGUCUCACCACAUCGCCGAAAAGGACUCCGACGCCGUCCGCUUUGUCUCUCAAAUCUCCCGCUUCCCUCCCUCUUCAUGAGCUUCUGCUUCUCUCUCCUUCGCCUCUUAGGAAAUCGUCGAAGGCCCGCAUCACCGACCGGCUAGAAAUGGCUGAGGAGGCCGUCGCGGAUCCUGUGGGAUCGCGGAGACGGUGCAGGAGCAGGACAGCUCAAUUGGGGUUGCUGGGUUGCGCCUCGCCGAGGAACACGCGGAGGUCACGAAGGCGGUCGGAGCUGGAGGCUAGUAGAGAAGAGAAGGAUUUGAGUUUGGCCGAAGAGUUUGGAAAGCCGAGAAAAAGGCGGCACAGCGUGAGGGUCAAGAAGGAGAAGCUGAGUUUGGUUCCUUCUUCCGUGCCCUCUUCAAGUUCAUCUCCAAAAAGCGAUGAGGAAGAUCAUGGCGGUUUGGACAGAAUUGGACAGUUGAUAAGUGAUCUGGUCAUGUGGAGAGAUGUGGCAAAAUCAAGCCUUUGGUUUGGUUUUGGGUUUCUCUUUUUCAUGUCUUCUUGCUUUACUCAAGGAGUUAGCUUCAGCAUUUUCUCUGUAGCUUCCAAGCUAGGAAUGUUAUUCUUAGGCUUGUCUUUCUUCUCAAAUUCACUAUAUCAAAGGGAAUAUAGUGAAAAGAACAGAGAAAUCAGGCUCAAAGAAGACGACAUUCUACGUGUUGCAAAAGUCAUACUUCCUUUUACAAAUCUUGCAAUGUCAAAGACAAGACAGAUUUUCUCAGGAGAGCCAUCCAUGACCCUCAAAGUAGCCCCAUUCCUCCUCUUAGGAGCUGAAUAUGGUCACCUCAUAACAAUGUGGAGACUUUUUGCAAUUGGGUUUUUUAUUGCUUUCACGGUUCCUAAACUCUACUCAUGCUACUCCAUUCAAAUAAGCCAAAAAGUUGAGUUCUUGAAAUGGCGCGUAUUGGAUGCAUGGGGAACCUGCUCACACAAAAAGAUUGUGGCAGCAUCAGCAAUCACAGCCUUUUGGAAUCUAUCUACCAUAAAGACACGAAUUUUCACAGCAUUUAUCGCUUUGGUAUUACUUCGAUACUGCCGGCAGCAUAUGGUUGAGGAAAUAGAAGAUAAGGAAGUAGAAGGAGAUGAGAAUCAGCAGCAGGCUUUGGUGUUGGCUGAUGUGGGUAGCCAACAGAAGUAGAAGAUUGUAUUUCUGUAUAAUUCUAUAAUCAGCUAACACUCUGAGAUGGAAA